AUGGAACCAACCUUUACUUCACCUCUACUUGGAAGAGUUAUUUUAUUAAAUUCACCUUCACACAUUGAAUGGUUUCUUAAGAGAACUUUGAAAUUAUGUGAAAGGCAAAGUAUUAACAGAACUGAGAAAAGAAUUGUUUGUGAAACAUGGAAAUUUUAUCGAAAAAUUACCAAUAAUUUGUUCAUUGCUAAAAAUUUUCGUGAAAUUUUUUGUAAAGUAUUUGAACAAGAGACAAAGACAGUUUUAAAUAUUUUGAAUGAUACAGCAAACAAAGAUGACACAAUCGAUUUACAAGAUUUAUUUUUCAGAUUUACUUUGAAUACAUUUGGAAAAAUAUCCUUUGGAAUUGACAUGAAAUGCCUUGAACAAUUAAGCGACCCCUUACAUUUUGCUAUAGCAUUUGAUUAUGUGCAACAAUUUGUGUCUCAACCGCAAGAAUUGAGAAUGCUGCGACUCACCAUGAAAAAUAUGUUGGAAAAACUAGAGGAAAAAGAUGCAAACAUUUCAAAUAAUAUUUUAUACUCCAAGCAGUAUCAAAAUGGAGAAAUUGUUUGCAUUGAAUUGAAUAAUUUUAUGACUUAUGAGUUGGUAGAGUUUAGACCUGAUCCAAAUCUCAAUCUAAUUAUUGGACCUAAUGAGAGUAGAAAUGGACAAGAUCAUGCAUCUAUAAAGAUUGAAUUUAAACAUGAUGAUGAUAAUGUGAUAAUAAUUUGUUUGAUCACAAGAGCUGAUAAUAGAACUCAAUGGACAUUAAAUGGUGAAAAAACUACUCUUGAAAAUAUUCAGAGUAUAGUUGAAUCAUUUAAUAUACAAAUGACUCCACCAGAAUUAUUAAUCCAAACUGAAGAGAUGGUUGGAGAAAAAGAAUUAUUAGAGUUUCAUAAAUCAUUGAUUAAACUUAGUGAACAAAAGAAUUUGUUAUCAGAAUCAAAUACAGAUAAUGAUGAACUUAAUAACUUGGAAAAAAUAAAUGCAGUUUUGAAAAAAGAUGUUACACAUUUCAAGGAAAGAGAAGCAAUUCUAAGAAAGAUUCAAUUAUAUCAAGCUAAAAUUUCAAGUGCACAAUAUUCACUUGCGGGGGCUGCAUUUGAUUUACAAUGUGAAAUUGAUUUGUCCAAAUCAAUUAAAGAAAAAGAAAUUUUCCUAGAAGAAACCCUUUGUGAAAUAGCAAGGAAGAAAUCUAAAACUUUUAAUAGAUACCAGAACUUAACUCAAGUUUUGAAAGAUGAUGGUGAGUUAGGUAGACAAAUACAAGAAAAGAAAGAUAUUUUGAGGCAAACAUCUGAUAGACUUGGUGAAGUCACCAGAAGAUUUGAUGAAAUUGAAGAAAAGAUGACAUAUCAUUGCCAAGAAUCAGAUAAGUUGAUAAAUAAACUUGAUGAUGUGACAAGAGCAGAACUUCAAGAAAUAUCACAAAAAAUGACAUUAGAAGAAAUUAGAAAUGCUAUUGAUCAUGAAAAAGAAAAUAUAAACCUUUAUAAUGAGGUUGAUCCUAACAUUAUAGAUUCAUACAAUGAAAGACAAGCUCAAGUAUUGAUCAAUAAUUUAUAUGUUUUAUCUCAAAAAGAAAAAAGAGAAUUAUCAUUAAAAGAGCUAAAUAAUGAAAUUGCAAAGGAAAAUGAACAAUGGGAACCUAAAUUAUAUGAAUUGGUUAGAAAAAUUGGUGAACUCUUUUCAAAUGCAUUUAAUAAAAUCAGAUGUACUGGUGAAGUGCAUAUCAACACUCAUGAAGAUUAUGAUAAAUGGGAAAGAUCUGUAUCAACUAUCAUGUAUUUAAUGGCAUUACAAGAAUUGGCCAAAACACCAUUUUGUGUUGUUGAGAUUAACCAAGGAAUGGAUCCUAAAAAUGAAUACUUAGUUCAUAAUCAUAUGAUUGAAACUUCAUGUCAUCAACCUUCACAAUAUUUUUUAAUAACUUCUGAAUUGUUGUCAGAUUGUGAUCUUAAAUAUAAUGCAUUUACAAUGCUUUGUUUCAUUAUAAUGAAGAAUGGCAAUCUGAAAGAAUGA